GGGUGAAUUAUUCGAUAAUAGCUACUAGAUAGAGCAAGUCCAUCCUUCACCCUCGACAGCUGACCCUCGACGCACUAUGGCCGCAAUAGUUUAGGACGGUGUUCUUCCUUGACAUCCCCCAUCACACGUUACUGAUGUAGGGCAUCUUAGAAGAGCUACACACUAAGAGGAGCUUCGACUGGGAAGUAUGGGUUACACACGUAACUAGGCGACCAAUAACGUAAAGGUGGGAGAAAAGAUGGCACCAGGGAUGGAAAGCGUGUCGAGCCCUAAACCCGGUCUAUUGGAAAGUCAGGUACCGAGGGGAAAGCGCCCGCGUCUGCUGUGUAACGUCGGAACUUCCGAGCCCAGAAACCCGAGCCAAGAUUGGAUGCCGGAGCCUCAUAAGUAACUGCAUGUACUCUCGAACGGCUGUAGUCAUCAGGCCGUCUUACAUACUCGGUAGUUCGGUCAUCCCCGGUGGAUGUUGGUACCUGAUGGCACUUCCCGACGCCUGUGCGUAUUACCUAUGCUACGAACAUGCAUCUCCACCUUUAAGGAACCUAGGACGAAUAAGAUCAAAUCUACUUAAGCCACUCGCGUCUCAGAUGGAUUAUUACCGACGAAUCAGAUAUAAUACCAUAUACCUGACCAUACAAUACCGGUCCUACUCCGGUACUCGACCUAGUUCAUUCGGUAAAGCUUGCGAGUUGGUUAAAGCAUUAACGUGCGAACUGACUCACGAGCAUGGGAUAGAUUUCACAUCUUUAAAUAGAUACGUGAAGGCUACUCCUUCACGUUCUGGGUAUUGCCGCUUUCUACAUGCCCGUACACGUCUAACCGGCCGAUCUCGAGUCUAUUGGGACGCCCCCUUCCCCUCUGUAUCCCCAACAAAGAAGAAGAAAAAAGAACAAGAGAAAAUUGUAUCGAGUUUCAUGCUUGCUAUUCCUCGGAGCAGACACCGACUUUUCAAGCCAGCAAGCCAAUGACUAUGAAAUGACGUGUACUCCUAGAAAUGCGCCUCCCCCGAGGACUGAUUUUCUUUUC